UAUAAAGUUAUUACUUAAAAAUAGAAUCUAAUAAUUGUUAAAAGCGUGAACUUAUAGUAGAUUUUUUUAUAUUAACGGCUUAAUUCUAUAUCAUAUUAUCCAUAAUUAUAUACUUAUUUGUUAUUUAAUAUUGACUGACCAAAGUGCCUACGUGCGUUAAAACAGUGUUCAAAACCAAAACAAAAUGUCAAUAUAGUACAGAAUUUAAAAAGUACUUAAGAUAAUCGCAGUUAUAUCAAUAUGUUAUAAAUGCUGCUGCUUUUGUGUGGAAUUUCUUACGCGUUAAUUCUAAUUCCUUUUUUAUUAUUAAUUGCAUAUGUAUUUAGAAUAAUAAAUAGUAAUAUUUAAGUGAAAAUUAUAAUUUAAUCUUAUUAUAUGAAAUGCUGGUGCUGUUGCAAAUAAUAACUAUUGUUAUUUUUGCUUUGCGUAUUACUCGAAAAAAAUAGAACAAUAAUAAUUACAAUAAUAGUAUUUUUAUAGUUUUAACAGGUGGUAAUGGUGAUUUUAAUUUCCCCUGUAAACAUAUUCGGUUUCAGGUUGAAGCUUUUCAGAUAUUAUUGAGAAUCCGUAAAAAUUAAAAGAAUUGAAUAUUAAUUACACAAUAUACAAAACUUUAUUCCUACGUUUUAAUCAAUUACAUUUAAGGUCCGAACAAUGGUGAAUUCCACAAAUUACAACUACUUUUUAUUCAGUACAAACCUCUCAAUGUCUAGAGUUAAGAUAAUCGUGUCGUCUAGAUCAGUGUUUCUAAACUUUAUGCUAAGGCGGCCCAUAAAUAUUCUUUGUGUUGGGUAGACGACCUUCGAAAAAACAAAAAACUUAGUACGCUUUAAUAUAAUAAUAUAAUUAAUCAUUUUAUUACAAAUAGUUUUUCACCAUGUACAUUAACGCAGUACUGCAAGACUGAAUUCUUAUAUAUAUACAUAUAUUUUGAUAACUAAGAUAUUUUUCUUGUAAUUAGUUUACGAACAGAGACUCAUAAAAAAUAUUUUGCUACCCAUAGGUUUGGAAACGCUGGUCUAAUUUAAAUAUAGACAACAAUGGCGUGCGUGUCACCGGACUGUGGGGGAUAUUUAGGAAUUUAUUUUCACAAUAAUUUAGUACGUAAUUUUCGAUGUCGAAAAUUCGAUAUCUUUGAAUAUUUUGUCUACUAUAAAACCUGAAAUAAAUACAGAAAGCAAUACGUUUAAAUUCGAACAUAUAAAUAAUUGUUAUAUUUUAGAUUACUGCUAUGUAAAAUAGCCAGCUGGCUAUGUAUACAAAAUCAAUAUAAAAUUACCCAUAGCGAGUGUUUUUCAACGAGUGUAAAACAAUUACGAAAUAUUAAUCGAACGCUCGUUGUUAACAAGACAACAUAACAGAAACACUGAGGACAGGAAGAUAAUAAAAAUAAAAACGCUCAAGAAACGAUUAGGAAAUCGCGACGCCAUCACGCACGUUCAAGAACUUCGGUUGAUCAUACCACUCGAUAGAAUCGCGAUGAUGAACCGUUCGGAGAGUACUUCGACCACCAAGGACGACAGCCAAAAGUGCAGGUUGUUCGUGGGCAACCUGCCGAAGGUAAAGACAGAAAAGGAGAUAUUCGACGAAGUGAGCCGAAUAACGCGUGGUCAUCUGGUGCGUGUGAUCACGUACAAGAACUACGAUGACCCGUCGAUGCAUCGGGGCUUCUGCUUCCUGGAUUACGGGUCGGUAGCCGAGGCCGCGGACGCCAAGCGGACGCUGUCGCAGCAAAAGGUGUUCGGGUGUAAGACGACCGUGGACUGGGCGGACCCGGAACCGCAGGUGGACGCGGUCACGAUGGCCACGGUGCGCGUACUGUUCGUCAAGCAGUACGGCGGCGUGCUGGACGAGCGCGUGCUGGCCAAGGUGUUCGGUCGGUACGGGGUCGUGGAGCGCGUGAAGUACUCGAAGAACUACGCGUUCGUGCAUUUUGAGCGGCGCGAGGACGCGCAGUCGGCCAUGGACGCGCUGAAUUGUUUCAGAGACGUGGCUUCGGGCGUGCGCAUCGACGUCGCGUGGGCCAAGCCGCCGGCAGACAAGAGAACGCGGCAGCGGAUGUUGCGUAACCGGGAACGCCGGGUACGGAAAUCCGCGGUCGCGGCCAUCAGUCAACAACCGGUUCGCUACGCCCCACGGCCACCAUGCCGCGCUCCCGGGGCCAAAAGACGCAUCGGCCCCGUCCCCGCCCCCGCCGCUGCAGAGUACACGAAGUACGAUCAUUGCAGUUACGACUUCGGACCGUGGCAAUGGUGCAAACGGUGCACACCCGCCACCGCGGUGAGCAUUCCCGUGGCCGAGGCCACGUCCGACGAGCGAAACAGCGGCAAUGCACGCCGGUGCCGCUUCAACAGCAGAACGGUCCGUCGCGAUGAUGGCGAUUGGAAGAAGGGUUGUACUAGAUGAUUAGACCAUUAACUGGUGAACCUUUUCGACAGAACUUCCACGAGCUGCGCCAAAAAUCAUUGACGUCACCGUAGCGCUGUCUAGCCCCUUUUACAAUGUUUAAAAGAAUCAAUCUUUGUUUAAUGCUAAAAAA